AUGUCGACGACGCAGAGCGUGCAAUGCUUCGGCAAGAAGAAGACGGCCACCGCCGUCGCCCACUGCAAGACCGGCCGUGGUCUGAUCAAGGUCAACGGCCGUCCUCUGCAGCUCGUCCAGCCCGAGAUCUUGCGCUUCAAGGUCUACGAGCCCCUCCUGGUUGUCGGUCUUGACAAGUUCGCCAACGUCGACAUCCGUGUCCGCGUCACCGGUGGUGGUCACACCUCGCAGAUCUACGCCAUCCGUCAAGCCAUCGCCAAGUCCCUCAUCGCCUACUACCAGAAGUUCGUCGACGAGCACUCCAAGAACCUCCUCAAGCAGGCCCUCGUCCAGUUCGACCGAACCCUCCUCGUUGCCGACAACCGCCGCUGCGAGCCCAAGAAGUUCGGUGGUAAGGGCGCCCGCUCCCGCUUCCAGAAGUCUUACCGUUAA